GCUGAAUUAGAUUUUGGACCCUGUAUUUUGGAACUGUAAACGUGGAAGCAUUCCAAACAAUUAAAACUAAAACAUGGAAAAACCACCAAGUUUUUAGUCGUCAAUGGCCCCCCUGCUUAAUAUUCUUUCACACCUCACUAACGUGCUAUUAACGCACUCCUUAAUUCCCUGAAUGCCCCAUUUUCCUUUUACACAGCUGAUCACAGAAAUGUGGGUUUUUUGUUCCUCCUGAAUAACACAGUUGCGCAUUGAGAGUUAAGUUUGAAAGAGAGUAAAACAAAAUGAAAAGGGCGGAGAGGAGUUUCCGUGAGGAGUUUUCACCUGGGUAUUAUGGGAUUUGUACUGUUGGAGGAAUGCUUAGUGCUGGGACUACUCAUCUUGCUGUUACACCUCUUGAUGUCUUGAAAGUAAAUAUGCAGGUGAAUCCAAUCAAGUAUAGCAGCAUAUCAUCAGGAUUCUCUGCCCUUUGGAGAGAGCAGGGGCCAUCUUCUCUUUGGAGAGGUUGGUCUGGCAAGUUAUUUGGAUAUGGUGUUCAAGGGGGCUGCAGAUUUGGUCUUUAUGAAUACUUUAAGGAGCUUUAUUCCAAUGUUUUGGCUGAUCAAGACAAGACUUUCAUAUUCUUUCUCAGCAGUGCAUCUGCUCAAGUAUUUGCUGAUGUGGCUCUCUGUCCUUUCGAGGCCAUUAAAGUUCGUGUUCAGACGCAGCGCACUUUCGCUAAGGGUUUGGCUGAUGGAUUUCCUAAACUUUAUAAAACAGAAGGGCUUGCUGGCUUCUACAAGGGACUUUGCCCACUUUGGGGCCGCAAUCUUCCAUUCUCGAUGAUAAUGUUCUCAACCUUUGAGCAUUCAGUGGACUUUAUCUAUGGAAGUAUCAUUAAACAGAGAAAACAAGAUUGUUCCAGGGCUCAACAACUUGGUGUCACAUGCUUAGCAGGGUAUGCAGCUGGAGCAGUUGGUACUGUAGUCUCUAACCCAGCUGAUGUCGUUGUUUCUUCUCUUUACAACAAAAAGGCUGAAAACGUGUUGCAGGCUGUUAGAAAGAUCGGGUUUGUUAACCUUUUUACUAGAAGUCUUCCCGUACGCAUCACACUUGUUGGACCUGUUAUUACUCUGCAAUGGUUUUUCUAUGACACUAUCAAAGUGCUUUGUGGACUGCCUACUAGCGGAGGACUCAAUAGACAACUUCAAGAAGCCAAUUUAUCAUCUUAAGCGCUUUGGACAGUGGAGGGAAAUCUAUAAAGUUCCAUCAGGUCAAGGUAUGCAAACAUCAAACGUUAACACUGCCUACAAUGUUAGCAUAUGAUACAUUAGUUAGAAGGGUAUUUACAUAUAAAUCUUCAAAAAAGUUGUACAAUGUCUUAAAAUUGUUCUUUCAAUCAUUGGACCCCUCCCCCGGUUUUUAGCUCUGAGGGGGUAACAUUGUUCUGUCAUGAUGAGUUCUACACUUGCAGUAAUGGCUGAGAUUAAGGAUUCAAAUAACAACAGACUAGUUUUAUGAUGUUGACAA